AUUACGUCCGCAAACGCAAACGAGUCCACAUAGCUAACGCUUUGUUCUUAAAUUUCUUUACGAAGUCCCUAUUAUCACAUUACGAUGGGUAGGGAGGACAAAGCAUCCUGGAAAUCCAACUAUUUCCUCAAAGUCGUGCAACUGCUCGACGAAUACCCGAAGUGUUUCAUCGUCGGCGCUGACAAUGUCGGCUCCCGGCAGAUGCAAACCAUUCGCAUGUCGCUCCGCGGUACGGCCAUUGUGCUGAUGGGUAAGAACACCAUGAUGCGUAAGGCCAUCCGUGGGCACCUGGAGAACAACCAGAGCCUGGAGAAGCUACUGGGCCACAUCAAGGGCAACGUUGGCUUCGUGUUCACCAAGGGCGAUUUGGCCGAUGUCCGCGAUAAGCUGACCGAGAGCAAGGUGCGAGCUCCCGCCCGUGCCGGUGCCAUCGCUCCGCUGGAGGUCGUCAUUCCGGCCCAGAACACCGGUCUCGGUCCGGAGAAGACCUCUUUCUUCCAGGCUCUGUCGAUCCCGACCAAGAUUUCGAAGGGUACGAUUGAAAUCAUCAACGACGUGCCCAUCCUGAAGCCGGGCGAUAAAGUGGGCGCUUCGGAAGCCACGCUUCUGAACAUGCUGAACAUCUCGCCGUUCUCGUACGGACUGCAGAUCCAGCAGGUGUUCGACUCGGGUUCGAUCUUCUCGCCGGAGAUUCUCGAUAUCAAGCCGGAGGAUUUGCGCGCCAAGUUCCAGGCUGGGGUCGCCAAUCUGGCUGCCGUUUCGCUGUCGAUCGGCUAUCCGACGCUGGCUUCCGUGCCACACAGCUUGGCCAACGGUUUCCGCAACCUGUUGGCUCUUGCUGCCGUCACCGAGGUUGAGUUCAAGGAAGCCGAAACGGUCAAGGAGUUCAUCAAGGACCCGAGCAAGUUCGCUGCUGUCAGUGCCUCAUCGGCUCCGGCUGCUGCCGCGUCUGCCGCUCCGGCUGCCAAGGCAGAGGAGAAGAAGGAAGAUACCGAGUCGGAGGAUGAGGAUAUGGGCUUCGGACUGUUCGAUUAAGCUCGGUCGGCCGUCUGGCGCUAGGUUGUUCUCCUACGGUUUCUUAGCUAAUAUCUACUUUGGCACGGACAUACCCACGGUCGCAUCUACUCGCCAAGGCUGGGGACGGCCCGAUGGCGACAUGCGGCUUUACAGCUUCGUACGUACCAAAAUACGUAUUUUAUUGUGAAACCAGGGAUUGAGAAACGCAAAAUAAAAGUCUGUUAAAGCCAUGCUGAAUCGCAAGAUGAAGCUUGGACC